AUGGAGUCAGCUGUGGUAACUAGAAAAACACACACCCGAAGGUCAUAUAUCGUGCAAAGUCCAGAUGGAAGCACUUACAGAAGAAACAGGAAACACAUUCUCAAGACAAAAGAAGGAAAUUCCCAGUCAUUUGGAAUAGAAGAUUGUGAUGAUCCAAUUAGUCAAAGCAAUGGAGAGGAUGCAGUUGGCACAGAACAAGCAAGUGAUGGUGAUAAUGCAGUAUCUGUAGAAGAAACAUCAGAGGAACAAUUACCGGUAACACUUAGUAAACAAUUUAGUGCAUCUCCA